CAAUCUCUCAUUUCACGUCAAACCGUCUCUCAUGUUUCGCACAAACAUUUUCCAUUUUUUGACACAUCUUUUUGGACAUCCAGUCAGUCACCAACAAAACCAAAACCACCAUCUCGAUUCGAAGUGACUACCUCCAUCAAGAUGAGCAUGCCAAAACUUCACUGGCCUACCAUCACCGACCGCCUCGCUAAACUCCCCUCAACAAUCCCGCCUCACGAGCGAUACGUCCAUGUAGCCAACAAUAUCGCAAGCGUGAUCCGAUGGAAUAAGGAUCUUCUUGAAGGGAUGCUCCUCGAGGCACAGGCCCAUUGUUGCGCUGCUGAGUUUGCGGCAAAAGAUUGGUCCGAAAGUACCGAUGCCAAUGAUAGCAAAUUUGCUGAGAGGACACGCUCCAAGGAGACGGAAGAGAACGAGGAAAAGUGCAGGUUUUAUGAGAUUUUGAUCGAGGUUUUGGAGGGAAAAAUCAAGAAGUUGAAGACUCCAGUUGAUAAGGAGAGUUGGGAGGAUGAUUACGAAAUGGUUGACGAAAAUAGAGACUCGGAUGACCAGUGGGUGCAUAUUACCUUAGGCAGCCGUGCAAGCGGUCUGGCCAGCGCUCAAAAUAGACCGUAGCAUUCUCGUUAUCGAGUGAAAUUAUGUGUGCGCAAGAAGAACGUUAAGUCAAGCUUCUUUUUCAGACAGGCUCGCCGCACUAUGCACUUUGUCAAUCCGCACUAGUGUGGGGCUACUUCAAAUGUCGAGGAAGACAUACAUCUACAACCACUAGCUUUAUACCCAUAUUACCCAUGAUAUUUCAUUAUUGAAAAUAAAUACCUAUAUAAAAUUGCCCAUAAAAAA